CGUGACCCGUUGAUGGCUGAGGAGGGAGGGGAGAAGGAAACCAAAAUAUUGCAGUCAGAGGCGCUCGAUCAGUGUGUCUACAGCUCUAAACCCCAAAACCCGCCCUGUUCACUGGAGUAUUAUCACUCCUGAAGUGUCUCUGUGGAAUAUCCGACAGUGAGCCAGAGAUGUGUGAUGACAGCUGCUUAUAGAAACGGGGAAACCCAGCCUUUUGCCAUGAGUGGUGACCUGAAUGUACCGAUGGGAUCCUCGUCUGCCGGGAUGUCGGACAGGAUCCAGGAUGGAGGGGGGAUGGACUACAGAGAUUGGGUUCGCCGCAGCUACCUGGAGCUGGUUACCUCCAACCACCACUCAGUCCAGGCUCUCUCCUGGAGGAAGCUCUACCUGAGCAGGGCCAAACUUAAGGCCUCCAGCCGCACCUCAGCCUUGCUCUCUGGCUUUGCUAUGGUGGCCAUGGUGGAAGUGCAGCUGGAGAUGCAGUACAGUUACCCACGUGUGCUCCUCAUCGCCUUCAGUGUGUGCACUACAGUGCUGGUGGCCGUGCACCUCUUCGCACUUCUCAUCAGCACCUGCAUCCUGCCCAAUGUGGAAGCAGUCAGCAACAUCCACAACCUCAACUCUGUGUCUGAGUCGCCCCAUGAACGCAUGCACAAGUACAUUGAGCUGGCUUGGGGCUUUUCCACAGCCUUGGGCAUCCUGCUGUUCCUGGCCGAAGUGGUGCUCCUCUGCUGGAUCAAAUUCCUGCCUGUGGACUCGGGGGCGUCCCCGAAGCUGAACUGUACCGGCCAGGCAGCCAGUCAGCCAGGCCACAGCGGCUGGCAAGCGGCGUUGGCCUCGACUAUCAUUAUGGUGCCAGUGGGCCUUAUCUUCGUGAUCUUCACCAUCCAUUUCUAUCGCUCUCUGGUGCGCCACAAGACAGAGCGCCACCACCAGGAGAUCGAAGAACUACACAAGAUCAAGGUGCAACUGGACGGCCAUGAGAGAGGGCUACAAGCAGUGUGAGCACUUGAUCUAUGUUUUAUUUCCUUUUUCUUUACUUUUUCUGCUGUGGCACCAUUCUUCAUGCCUACAAGCGCCAGCCUUUAAAGUCCCUCCUUGUUGAAGCCAGUUCACCUGCGUGCAUUUUUUAAAUGCCAUAAUUUACCACAUGCAACAGCCUGGACAGUGUCUUACUCUGCCUUGUUUCAAAAUCAUUUGUUGAGAGAUAGAAGGCGCCUUACAUGAAAGUGGCAUGUUUACAGAUUUUUGCAUCAAGGGCUAUUUGGUUUUCUUUUUGUUUGGUUAAAGAGUCUUUUUUUCUAAUGCUUUUGUGUUAUUUUCUGUUGCCAUGCCUCAAGAACCAGAGAAUGUUACACAGAGGUAUUAACCUCCCCCCACCCCUCUUGGAGUAGGUUUCUACGGGGUGGUGUGUAAUGGUGUGCCAAAAUUGCCCUGGAAUUGGGAAAAACAAGGACAAGCAUGUGGGAGUCUAUUAAUAACUAAAACUAUUCAGGCUCACUGCCAAAGUAACUGAGUCAGAUAUGCAAUGAUUAAAAAUCACAGGUCUGUAUUGUCUGAGCUUCCAUUUGGUGGUAAAAAGUAUGUUGUUCCUAAGUUACUAAAUUUUUGAUGGACUUUCUUUGUACUGAAGAAAUCCAGAGAUGUUACAAAGAAUGUAUACAAGCCCGUUAAUAAGCUGUAUAUCAAACCAUUUGAAUUUUUAUGUGACCUAAAAGGACCAUUCAGUAAGAUGAAAUGUCUUAAACAGGUUUUAUCAUUCAGUAGACAGCUCUGUAUAUUAGUGCACACGUUUCAAACAGUCAGAGUACAUUUUAGGCAAAAAGUAGAAUCCUCUAUUACUGUUUUUUUGUCUAUUUGCAACCAUGCCUUGCUUAGUGCUGUAUCAUUGUGCUACAAGAGGUUUACGUUAAGAUUACUGUGGCAGGACUUGUGUGUUCAGAGCAAGUCGGGUCAAACUUCCUGUACAGAGAGCACGCACUUUAAAUGGGCAUGAUUACAAAACUGCCUGCUUCUAAGAUGCAGUGAAAUUGCUGUUUCAUUUUUGUGGUCAAACCUAAUGGAUCUGCUUUGUGAACUGUAUAAUUCAGUGAUCUAUGAGUGGGUAGAUUGAACAGCUCCAGAUGCUUCCUGUGAAAACCUUUAAAAAUAAAGUGUAUCGUUUAUAUAACAAGAACAUGUGAGGAUAACAUUCCAAAAGAAAAAAGAUUUUACCUACAACUGCUUGCCUUACUGCAAAGACUUGGAAGUGCACUUGUGCUGUAGUUUGCCACAUCAAGACCUGUUUAAUUAAGGAGGUUAUGUGUAUAUCUGUUUGAAUGCCAGUACAUAGAUAUUCAUAGAAAGUAGAAAUUGGGCCAAAUUCUAUGUGUAGUAGUCCAGUCAUCAUUUAUGGAUUCUGCUCUUUUGGACAUAAUUUGAUACUAGUCUGAGGAAAAACAUAAUUCUAAACAUCUGUCCUAGGCCAAUCAUUUUCUUUUUCUUUUUUUUUAAUGAUUACCUUUUUUUGAAACCAGUGAAUGUAGAAAUCAUGGGCACUGUGGUUCCAUUCCAUUCUUUAAGAAAUUACACUAAAAUAUCUGCCAUGUUAUCAAAUUUGCAACCAGAUUUUGCAGAGUAGAGACCAAAGGCCCGCCUCCUCUCUGAGAAUCAACAACUCAGACUGCCUUCAUUGAGUUUCAGUGCACUCUAAAGGACCAUGUUUAAAUAGUAGAAGUGCCAUUCAUAUAUUUUAUUACAAAAACCAAAUGUAUGGGGAUGGGCAAAGCUACAAUCAUAGUGUAACCAGUCAGCAAAGGCACUAGACCUGUGGUGGCUUCAUUUUUAAGGGCCAUUUUCUGUUCAUGCUUUCUACAAUCAUUGACCUUAAGGACUGCGAUAUUUCUGUGCACCCUAAAAGACAUAGGGGUUUAAGGGUUUAAGGAUUUGAGCUCAUAGUUUGGAAGCAUUAUUCGUCACUAAAUUUUUUUAUUAAUGCUUGCAAGCUAAGAAGUCUUGCUUAUUUGCCAGUCCUAAAACAAACAAACCUCAUGUUUUAGAAAUGAUAACUUUUUUUAGGAAAAUAAAUACUUUUGAAGCUUAUUAGUAGUUACCAUUUCAUCGGAAGUCAUUUAACAUAAUUUCUAUUGACCUCUAUAAAAAUCUAUGAUGUAUGAAAUCACAAAACAAGUGGCCUUUUCAAGCUGUGUAUAAGUUAAAAUUGGAAGUUAUGGUUUUGAUAUGACCGUGGCAACAAAACAAAUGCCUUCUUCUUUCACACGUCUGAUCAUGUUUUGUGAAUUAUUGCUUUGCCAUUGUAUUUAAUGAUUUAAUCUCAAGUAAUGAGCUGGGAUCACUAUUUGCCAUUCAUGUUUUUUUUUUGAAGAAAUUUAUUCCAAAAGAGGCAGUUCAUGCAUGUGGACCCAGUAUACACUACAAUAAAGGACUAUAGGCUUUAAUGUCCAAUGGUUAGUGGCAUCAGCCCAAAAUAUUUAACUUUGACCAAAAUGGAGCACUUGUGAACGGAAUGGAUGUGGACUUUACACUGCAGUCUUUGCAGAACAAACCAAUGCCUUUGGCAAACUCUGUGUUUUGGACAAUGUAUGUGCAUCACGUGACAUGAUGAGCACACAAAACAGGUGAUGGUCAUACUCUUAAUUUGGUGCACAAUAUUUAACCAACUGUUCACAGAAUUGUUUUGUGGGGUGGCAUGUCCUUUUCAUAUUCUGUCUGUGUACUUGUAUGUUAAUUUAUGUCAAAUAAACACCUUAUUUUGUUUACUUUCAA